AUGUAUAUGCCACCACUUAUUUUUACUGUACUAGUCACUCUUAUUAAUGGAUUUUUUUGUAAAAGUGUAGAACUCACAUUUGAAUUACCUGAUAAUGCCGUAGAAUGUUUUUAUCAUGAAAUGGAUGAAAAUGUGUCUGCCUCGUUGGAAUAUCAGGUUAUAACUGGAGGUCAAUAUGAUGUUGAUGUGAAGAUUGAAGGUCCGAAUAAACAAAUCAUAUAUCAACAACAAAAGAUGCAAUAUGAUUCACAUCCAUUCACUACACAGCAUAAAGGAGUGUAUAAAGUCUGCUUCAGUAAUGAAUUCAGUACUUUUUCACAUAAACUUGUAUAUAUGGAAUUGAAUGUUGGUCCAGAGGAGCCUCUUCCUGGUAUAGGGGAGCAUGCAACAGUGUUAACUCAGCUUGAAACAUCUGCAGAAGAAAUUCAUUCAGCCCUUAAUAGAAUUAUUGAUCACCAAACCCACCACAGAUUAAGAGAGGCCCAAGGUAGGAAAAGGGCCGAAGAUCUCAAUGAGAGAGUAUUCUGGUGGUCUACUGGUGAAACUUUAGCUAUUGUAUGUGUUGCGAUUGCACAAGUUAUGGUCUUAAAGAAUUUCUUUAGUGAUCGACCUACAUUAUAUAAAAUG